UUGAGGCUCAUUAGCUUAGUUUCAGAUUGGUUUCCGGUCUCAGCACGUCUGCGACUCUUCAUCCUUCAGCUUCUUGUCACAUCAGACAUGUCGGACAACUCAACGCCCCCCCUCUGUGUGGAGCCUGAGGACUCUUCCUCCCCAGCUGGUGUUAACGUGUCCAUGGCCUUCAACGUGAGCAGAGUGUGCCUCCUGCUGCCGCUCUCCUCCUUCGUCCUGUUGCUAGGUUACAGACAGUGGCAGCAGCAGCGCUCCUUUGGCUCCAUGAGCCACGCUGACGUCCUGACCUGCCACAAUGCAGCGCUGCAGCUGGUCUGCAGUUUGGGAACCGCUGCUUACGUCUACGGGACCUACAGGGAGAUCCUGUGUUUGCAGGUUUCAGGGUGGUGGAUUUCAUGGAUGGUUCUUUGUGGAGAGAUCGCGUUCCAUCUCCUGACCUGUGUGGAGCGGUACCUGGCAGUGGUUCAUCCAGUGUUGUACCGAGCGCUGAAGAGCGAGCGAGGGGUCCGGAUCAGGAACGUCAGCAUCGUCUGUGCCUGGCUGCUGUGUGUGAUGUACAGCACUGCAGCUUCCUGCUUCAAAGCUGACUUCCACAUGCAGGUGCUCUGCGUCCUGGGCCUCUCCCUGCUGGUCGUCUCCUUCUGCAGCGUGUCGGUUCUGCGGGCUCUCCUUGGUCCGGGUCCUGGGGAGCGGGAGCGGGUCGACCCGGUGAAGCGCAGAGCCUUCGUCUCCGUCAUGGCCAUAACUGCAGUGCUGUGGCUGUGGUUUGUAGGACUCGUCGUUGGUUUCACAUUGAGCCUGUCAUUCCAGUGCAGCCAUCUCAGCCUGUUGCUCAGGGCCUCUGCCUACUGGUUUAUGAUGCCUGGCAGCUUGGUGCUGCCUGUACUUUAUCUGCACAGGACAGGGCAGAUACGCUGCAGCCGAAACAGGGGAGAGUGAAAUAGUAAAAGGUAAAGCAGAUGAGGAGACCAGACUUUAGCUUCGCGUUUAUGAUGUAGUACAACGCAAUACACUGUUUUAUGUCUCAUAUGAUCCUGUUUAUAAUUAUUGAGUCAAUGUUUUUUGUGUCUGUUCAUUUGACAAUUUAUCAAAUUGUUUUGCUUGUUUUCAUCACUUAUAGUGA